GUUUCUGUUGUCUCGUGAGUUACACGAUUGAACUCCUGUUAUUUAUACACAAUUUUUAUUAGAUAAACGUAAAGAUUUUAUAUACUAUCAUAUGGACAAACGUGCUAUUUUUGUAUAAUGCUUUAUAUGUUGCUCGUAGCGUCGGUGUUUAAAACGUAAAUAGAUGGUUCCUCGAUAUUGUAGGGUAUUUUUCUAUGUGGUGUCUUAAAUGUUAAAUGUGCUCUAUGUGCUUAAAAUAAUAAGUAAACUAUAAAUAUAUAUUCCUAUAUAAACUAUAUACACGUAAAUAUUUUAUAUUUAAAAAUAUACAUAAGCAAUAAUAUACAAACGAGAAUCUAUUAUUAUUAUUAAGAUGCCCAAAGAGAAAACUAAAUUUGAGCUAAGCAUUUUCAAAAGAAUAUCGAUUAAUGAACAUAAAUUCGGUAAAUCCUCUGAUCAAAACAAUUCUGGUGUAAAAAGCCCCGAAAAUAGGCUAAAAAAUGCUGCGCCAUAUGCUUAUGCCGAGGAAUUGGUUGCCAGUUCUCCAAGUGAAAGAAACUGGCGUGGUAUAUUUAUCGCACUUCUGGUUAUAGCGGCCGUUUUGGGACUGAUCGUUUUUAGUAUAGUGUUAGUUUCGCCGCCAGAAGAACCUCCUAGAAUCAAAGGGAUAAAGCCGAGCCUAGAAGAUAUUUUUAUAAAAUUACCUCCGGCGGCCAGAUUCAAUGGAACUUGGAUAUCAGAUAACGAAUUUAUUUUUAAAGAUAUUUACGGUGGAAUAUCUUUAUUCAACGCAGAUAACCUGACUACAAGUAUUAUUAUGACAAAUAUAACAUUGAGACAAUAUGAAGUUGUUGAUUUUAAAGUUUCGAAUGAUCUAAAAUUUGUUUUACUUAUAAGCGAUGUAGUUAAAGUUUACGAAUAUACAACGUUGGCCAAAUAUCAUAUUUAUGAAUUAUCUACCAGGGUAAGAAGACCACUAUCGCCAAAAGAACUUGACGAAAACGCACCAUAUUUACAAUACGCGACAUGGUCGCGCGAUGGCACAGCUAUAGCCUUUGUCUACAACAACGACAUUUACUACAAACCGAAAGUUGAAAAAGAUUUAGUUUGUCGCAUCACUAACACCGGCCAAAGCAAUUUGAUAUUCAACGGCGUACCUGAUUGGCUAUACGAAAACGAAAUUCUACGCUCGUCGCACGCCUUGUGGUUCUCACCGGAUAAUUAUUAUCUACUUUACAUCAGUUUCAAUGAUACAAAUGUUGGUGAAUACUCUUAUGCUUGGUACGAUAGCAAAAAUUCGAAUGCUAUUUAUCCGGAAGUUAGGAGUUUCCGAUAUCCUAGGGUUGAGACCCCAAAUCCAAUAGUCAACGUCUGGAUUGUAAACCUAACAAUGCCAAAGUUCCUUUUUCCGUUUGAACUAAAACCUACUAAUAGUGUAGAACCGGAUAGUUACGUAACUAGUGUUAAAUUUCAUGGAGAAAAUAGUGUGGAUAUUAUAUGGUUAAACAGGGCGCACAAUACGUUUGUAAUUGUCACUUGCAAAAAUCAGAACUCUUAUAAUUGUACUGAUUUUCAUGUAGAAAAAGAACACGAGCACAUCGGAUGGACUGAACCCGUUUUCUAUCCAGUUUUUAAUGAAAACGGUACAAAAGCCUUAGUUAGACUUCCAGUGAAAGAUGGCGAUAAUGGACAUUACAUGCACGUGUGUGAAAUUUAUAAAGGACGAGUACGCCCUUUGACUCAUGGUGCUUUUGAGAUUAUAAAAAUACUAGCAUGGGAUGAAGAAUUUUCAUUCAUAUAUGCCCUUGGAACAAUAGAACAAAUGCCAGGCGUACGUCAUUUAUUAAAAAUAACUGACCGAAACUCACUUCCGGAUUGGGAGUGCCUAACCUGUAUGUCUAAAAUAGAUAAAAACCGUACUGAACUAUUAAAUUUCAACGAAACCGUGCUAAAUGAAAACUUGUGGCUAAACUAUCGAUGUGAUUAUAACAAGAUAAUUUUUAGUAAAAACUUCAGUUACUUCAUACAGGAAUGCUUGGGACCAGAAGUACCUAUUGUUAUCUUAGCACGAACAUUCCCAUAUUGUAGAAUAUUGAUACUUGAUAGUAGUGCUAAAUUAAGGCGACGAGUGAAAAGAAUUUCACCUCCUCAAGAGAAAUGUAUUUCGGUUGAAAUUGAAUUUGGUUAUAAAGCUCAAGUUAGAUUAUAUUUACCGGCGAUUUUGAGGGAAUAUGAAGAUACGACGUUUCCUUUGGUACUUUUAGUGGACGCAUCACCUUCCUCUCAAACAGUAUCAUCGAAAUGGGAAGUAUCCUGGCCAUGGUAUCUAUCAAGCACGCGAAGCUACAUCGUAGCCAAAAUCGACGCAAGAGGUUCUGGUUUUCAAGGUGUCAGAAUGCGAAGAGAAAUACAAAGAAGAAUAGGGCUGAUUGAAGUGCAAGACCAAUUAGCCGUGCUCACAUACCUGCGUGACACAUUCAAAUACAUUGACAGGGAAAAGAUUUGCGUUAUCGGGAAAGGUUAUGGAGGUUAUGUUUCCGCUAUGAUGCUGUUGCAAGAUUUCCAUCAAGUGAUUAAUUGUUCUGUUAGUGUGUCUCCUAUAACAAAUUGGAGAUAUUAUAAUUCUUUUUAUACAGAAAAGUACUUAGGUCUACCGUCCAAACAUCCUCUAGAAUAUGAUAAUGCCGAUUUAACUUUGAAAGCCGCCAACAUGAACACCAGGAACUUUUACUUGAUCUAUGGAACUGCUGAUACAAAAAUAACUUCUCAGCAUUCGGUUAUGUUAGCUAAGACUUUAGUUGAACAGAAUAUUCUCUUCCGCCAACUUGCUUAUCCAGACGAAUCCUACGAUUUCAAACAAAAAGCCAAACUACACAUGUUCAAAGAAAUUGAUUUAUUCCUCAACGAAUCCUUUGGACCUAUAGCCGAUGAAUGGAUAGACGAUACUGGAUUUUUCAUUUAAAUUUUUUUAAUAAGUAGUUAUUAUCACGCCUAUCACAAAUUUAUAUUUAUUGCAGCUCUUCCAGAAUAAAAAUAAUAACAAAUUAUGUCUUUAGGUACCAAGAACACUUUGGCUUUGUCAGCCCCUUAUUUUAUACAAUUGGUAUCUGCAAUUGUUGAAAGAAUAUUUUUGAUAUUAAAAUAUGAACCUACCAAGUAAUCAUAAAUUUAAAUAAUUUUAAAUUUGAUGUUUACGUAAUUCCAUAAAUGUGAUAUUUAUUUUUAUAAUGUUAAUAAUGUAGUCUUUUCCUAGAUUGUAGUUUUUUUUUUUUUAGUAUUAAAUGUUAAGGGGGAAAGACCACAUUAGAAAUUUAAGUCAUAAUAGUUAGUAAAUUAUGGUGUUUAUAUAAUUAUAAUGUUAAAUUUUAUAAAUGUGAUAUCAUAAAUCCAUAAAAUGCAUUUUCACUUAUGAUGUAUAGAUACAAAAAUCUUUUUUAAAUUUCCGAUUAAAAGUAGAUAUAGUUUAAAAUUUUUGACAAUUUAUUUACUUUGACUGGCAUAUAUCCUAUGAUAGAUAAAUGUAAGGAAAAAAUUAUUAAAUAGAAUCCCAAAAUUUUCUAGUUUCAUCACGUAUUUAUAUAUUAGUAGAUUUUUUUGCAUGCAACUACCCAAUUAUAUAUAUGUAUUAAGUUUUGAAAUUUAUAUACUUAUUUGAAUUGCCUUAUUCUUGAAGGAUAAACUGCCAGAAUUUUCAAAAGGUUGUUUAACAAAAAUGCACUUUUUAAUCAUUUGAAUUAAUCGUCAACUUAUGUUUAUGUAUAGAUAUUUGUUUAUAAUAAAUGUGCCUAAUUGUAUAGCUUUAAAAUACAUAAUACUCAAACAUGUAAGUGCAAAAACUAUCAGAAAAUUCAUAGAAUGAAUCUUUUGAAAAGUUUUUUGAUUUAGAUUAAAUAGUGAACGAACACUAGGUGUGGAUUUUGCAUUGAUGAAAAAAUUGUCUAAGUGUCAGCAGUGUAUUUUCCUAUUGAUCACAACAUUAACUAAAUUUUGGUUGGUGGAGAUUUUUCUGUAGGAAUUCCCUAGAUAUAAUCCAGACAGUGCAGUUUACCUAGUUUUAGAACCUCUAUCUGGUCCAGAGCAUACAAAACGUUGCUGGCUCUCAGACAAAAAUAUUUAUUCGGUAUACGCUCAAAAAUUUACUUGGUCAAGUACAUUUCUAUGAAGUACAUUUCUAUAGAAAAUCAGAAAUUUUAUUUAACAAAAGUAGUAUGAUUUGUAUUUUUUUUUUGAGGGAAAAUAUAUCUAGAAAUCCAUAUAAAUAUUAUACAUAUUUACAAAACAAUUUGUUGUUAAAUAUUAAUAUAUACCUACCUAAAAUAAUAUUGAAACUAUAUGUGUUGAAUACAGAUCGUUUACAAGUAAAUGCAUUGUUUAGAAAUAAAAUAUAAAUGGUUCAUUUCUAUAA